GGGAACAGAACAGAGAGAGAUAUUUCAUCCAUUUUUAUUUUUUUCCCCUUGCUUCUUGUUUGUUAGUUCGUCCGGCUUCACCUUUUGAUUGUUCUAUAAAAGAUUCCUCUUCGAAUUUUCAUCAUUUUUUCCAUUUGGGUUUCUUUCUCUCUCAGAUCUUCGACAUCUCCCAGACACCGUUUUUUUACGUACCCAUGUCGAAAACUGGAGCGUUAGAUCUUGCAUCGGGCCUUGGUGGCAAGUUGGAAAAGAACGACGUCCUUUCCGCCGUUGAAAAGUAUGAGAAAUACCAUGUCUGUUAUGGAGGUGAAGAAGAGGAGAGAAAAGCUAACUACACUGACAUGGUUAAUAAAUACUAUGAUCUUGUCACAAGCUUUUACGAGUUCGGUUGGGGCGAGUCGUUCCAUUUUGCACCUAGAUGGAAAGGCGAAUCUCUGCGGGAGAGCAUUAAGAGGCACGAACACUUUCUUGCUUUGCAAUUAGAUUUGAAACCUGGAUAUAAGGUGUUGGAUGUUGGAUGUGGAAUUGGUGGACCGCUUAGAGAAAUUGCGAGAUUUAGUUAUACUUCUGUUACUGGAUUGAACAACAAUGAGUACCAGAUUUCAAGAGGAAAGGAGUUGAAUCGCGUUGCAAAAGUGGACAAGACUUGUGACUUUGUCAAGGCCGACUUCAUGAAAAUGCCAUUUCCUGACAAUUCAUUUGAUGCAGUAUAUGCAAUUGAAGCUACUUGUCAUGCACCAGACGCAUAUGGGUGCUACAAGGAAAUUUAUAGAGUACUAAAGCCUGGCCAACAUUUUGCUGCUUAUGAAUGGUGUAUGACUGAUGCUUUUGAUCCAAAUAAUCAAGAACAUCAAAAGAUAAAGGCAGAAAUUGAGAUUGGUGAUGGUCUUCCAGAUAUCAGGUUGACAGGAAAAUGUCUUGAAGCUUUAAAGCAAGCAGGCUUUGAGGUUGUUUGGGAGAAAGAUCUUGCUGUAAAUUCGCCUCUUCCGUGGUACUUGCCUUUAGACAAAAGCCAUUUCUCAUUGAGUAGCUUCCGUCUAACAGCCCUUGGUCGUUUCAUUACUAAAAAUAUGGUCAAAGUAUUGGAGUUCAUUCGACUUGCCCCCAAGGGUAGCCAAAGAGUUCAAGACUUUCUAGAGAAAGCUGCUGAAGGGCUUGUUGAGGGUGGAAAGAAGGAGAUAUUUACGCCAAUGUAUUUCUUCUUAGCCCGGAAGCCACUUUCAGCCACUGAGUAGUUUGACAAUGCAUAUUAACUUAUUUGCUGCUGCUACUCAGUUAUGGAGUUUUUGCAGUCACCCUGAAGAAUAUGUUUUUGGCUUAAUUUAACCAUUUUAGAGCUUUUUUUUUUCUUUUUCUUUUCCUUUUCCUUUUUGGUGUGGGGGUAAAGUUGCUUUUUGCUUCUCUGGAAUUAGUUCCACAUCUUGGUUCAUAGGGAGAUAUGAUUAGUCUCAGCCUUUCUGCUUUCAGUUUCAUGUUUGUUUUGUUUAUGCAAUAAAUUAGUUUCUUUCUAGUCUUA